AUGAGAGAGUGCAUUUCGAUCCACAUCGGUCAGGCUGGUAUCCAGGUCGGCAAUGCCUGCUGGGAGCUUUACUGCCUUGAGCAUGGCAUCCAGCCUGAUGGCCAAAUGCCUAGUGACAAGACCGUUGGUGGAGGAGAUGAUGCCUUCAACACCUUCUUCAGUGAAACCGGAGCUGGCAAGCAUGUGCCUCGUGCAGUCUUUGUUGAUCUUGAGCCCACUGUCAUCGAUGAAGUGAGGACUGGAACUUACCGCCAGCUCUUCCACCCUGAGCAGCUCAUCAGUGGCAAGGAAGAUGCUGCCAACAACUUUGCCCGUGGCCACUACACCAUUGGCAAAGAGAUCGUUGAUCUCUGCUUGGACCGCAUCCGUAAGCUUGCUGACAACUGCACUGGGCUUCAAGGUUUCCUUGUGUUCAAUGCUGUUGGUGGAGGCACUGGCUCUGGUCUCGGGUCUCUUCUUUUGGAGCGUUUGUCUGUUGAUUAUGGAAAGAAGUCAAAGCUUGGGUUCACUGUGUAUCCCUCUCCACAGGUCUCUACAUCUGUGGUUGAGCCCUACAACAGUGUCCUCUCCACCCACUCUCUCCUGGAGCACACAGAUGUUGCUGUGCUACUCGACAAUGAGGCCAUCUAUGAUAUCUGCAGGCGUUCUCUUGACAUUGAGCGACCCACCUACACCAACCUCAACCGUCUUGUGUCUCAGGUCAUUUCCUCUUUGACUGCCUCUCUGAGGUUUGAUGGUGCUCUGAAUGUGGAUGUGACUGAAUUCCAGACCAACUUGGUGCCAUACCCCAGAAUCCACUUUAUGCUUUCCUCUUAUGCACCAGUAAUCUCUGCUGAGAAGGCUUACCAUGAACAACUCUCAGUGGCUGAAAUUACCAACAGUGCAUUUGAGCCCUCGUCUAUGAUGGCCAAGUGUGACCCUCGCCAUGGCAAAUACAUGGCUUGCUGCCUCAUGUACCGAGGUGAUGUUGUGCCCAAAGAUGUGAAUGCUGCUGUUGCCACCAUAAAGACCAAGCGCACCAUUCAGUUUGUGGACUGGUGCCCUACCGGAUUCAAGUGCGGUAUCAACUACCAGCCACCCACUGUUGUCCCAGGAGGUGACCUCGCCAAGGUUCAGAGGGCUGUGUGCAUGAUCUCCAACUCGACCAGCGUUGCUGAGGUGUUCUCCAGAAUUGACCACAAGUUUGAUCUGAUGUAUGCCAAGCGUGCCUUUGUGCACUGGUAUGUGGGUGAGGGUAUGGAGGAAGGAGAGUUCUCUGAAGCCCGUGAGGAUCUCGCUGCCCUUGAGAAGGAUUAUGAAGAAGUCGGUGCCGAGUCUGCUGAGGGUGAGGAUGAUGAAGGGGAUGAUUACUAA